UCGCAGCAUGGCAGCCCCCGUGGUCCGGCUGUGGCUCGGCCUUCAGCCGGGGGUUAGGACUCUGAGUACCCUCUCCACCGCCGUGUCCCCGGCCACUCACGCUCGGAGACCUGGCCUGCGGACAAUAGAAAGAACAUCCAAAAGUGAAAGGCAGCUGAGAAGAAAGGCACUGCCUCCUAGGACAGAGAAAAUGGCUGUUGACCAGGACUGGCCUAGUGUUUACCCUGUUGCAGCACCAUUUAAACCCUCCACAGUACCUCUACCUAUUCGAAUGGGUUAUCCAGUAAACAAAGGAGUGCCUAUGGCAAAGGAGGGAAAUCUGGAACUUUUAAAGAUUCCCAAUUUUCUGCAUUUGACUCCUGUAGCAAUUAAAAAACACUGUGAAGCUCUUAAAGAUUUCUGUACUGAAUGGCCAGCUGCACUAGACAGUGAUGAGAAAUGUGAGAAGCAUUUUCCGAUUGAAAUUGACACAGCUGAUUAUGUUUCAUCAGGACCAUUGAUUCGAAACCCUAAAGCUCGAGUAGUAACCUUAAGGGUGAAACUUUCCAGUUUGAAUUUAGAUGAUCAUGCAAAGAAGAAACUUAUUAAACUUGUAGGAGAACGAUACUGCAAGACCACAGAUGUACUUACCAUCAAAACAGAUAGGUGCCCUUUAAAAAGACAGAAUUAUGAUUAUGCAAUGUAUCUACUAACAGUUUUAUACCAUGAAUCUUGGAAAACUGAAGAAUGGGAAAAAAAUAAGACUGAAGCAGACAUGGAAGAAUAUAUAUGGAAAAAUAGUGCCUCAGAAAAAAAUAUCCUGGAAACACUUCUUCAAAUUAAAGCUGCUGAGAACACAGAAGUAAAUAAAGAAGAACUUCUUGGUACUAAAGAAGUUGAAGAUUACCAAAAAUCUGUUGUUACUCUUAAGAAUGAGGGGGAAAAUGAAAUUAGCCUUUCUCAGUACAAAGAAUCAGUGAAAAGAAUAUUAAAUUUGGCAUGAAUUACAACAUAGAAAACCCUUAUGAUAUAUGUAAUCAAUAUCUAAUUUGAUAUAAAAGUGAAAAUGUUUAAAAACCAUUGUUUUACAUCAGAGUUAAAAUUGUUCCUUUCAUUCUAA